AUGGUCUUGGAGUAUGUAAUUUUCUACUCGCUUAAAACCAACCCCUUGUCCGUUCUUCAGAAGGCUUUCACAGGCAGAGUAGUCUUCCUGAGAGAGAUGAGUGAGAGUUUUCUCAUUCUUGCGCUGCCUUACUUGCAGCACUCGCAGGACUCCCUGCAGUCCGCUCAAUAUGAAGCCCUUGUGCGUCACAUGGGCCCUCUGGGACAGACGUUUCGCCACUUUGUCAUCCCCAGCCUAAAGGUUGGAACGUUGGACUCUCUUAUGGAGGCAAGUGAUGAGUUGGCGAAACUGGACCCUAUCAUGGAGAACAGUUUGCAGAAGCUGAUUGGACUGAUGGAGGAAACGUCUGGAAAGCCUCGUAGCGUAGUGACAACGUUCCGAAUUAACCAAACCCAGGAAAUGUCGUCCGCUGGCUAUGUCAAGAACUUCCUGUGGAGCACUGCGCAGUUCGACCCCAAAGAGACAAUUCAGAGCCUUAUUGAGAAAUUUGCUCGAAUUAAUACUACCGCUGAUGAGCGCGUUCGAGCCAUGCUAGCGGAGUACAAUGAUACUCGCAACAAACUGAUAGCAGCUAACCGGAAGGGUGAGGGAAACCUGUCCAUUCGCCCGAUUCGCGAGCUUGUCACACUCUAUAAUCGGAACCACCAGUGCUUUGUUGAUACAGAGUUGCUAGUCACCGUUUUUGUAGCGGUACCUUCAGCAGCACAGAGAGAGUGGCUGGCGACGUACUGGAAGAUGAACGAGUACGUGUGCCCGCAGUCCAACCGGAUGGUGGCCGAAGACAAGGAAUACGUACUUAACAGCAUUGUCAUGUUUAGGAAAGUUAUGGAUGAUGUGAAGAUGGCGUGCCGCAAGAAGCGUUAUGUCAUUCGCGAGGUGGAAGGGACCGACGAGCUUUCUUUCGCCGAAUUGAAGAAGCUGCAGCAGAAGGCCGAAAAGGAGAAGAAGGCGCUUUACAUGCUGCUAUGGCAGCAAUACUGCACCUGCUACGUUGCCUGGAUUCACCUUAAGGCGGUGCGAGUGUUUAUCGAGGCGCUGCUCAAGUUUGGCCUUCCGCCACGUUUCAUUGCUGUGGUGCUGCAGGUGCCUGUAGAUAAAGAAGCCGAAAUCCGCAAACGAAUUGCCCAGGUGUACCCUGAUUUGAAGACACCGUUGGCAAAUGAUGUGAUUGUUGAUACUGGUGCUUUGCAGCAGGAAUAUCCUUAUGUUUCCCUGAAAGUGACGAACAUGCAGAAGUAG